CUUCAGGUAAAGAUUCAUGUCUAGGACCUUUAGGAAAUGUACUAUCAGCAAAAGUAACCUAGAGAUGCAAAUCUAUUUAAGUUUCAAGUCAUAAAUCACAAUAUAUAGAGUUUUUUUUUUUUUGGUCAUCUUUUUUUCUUUACAAUUUUACACCAAAUGUAAACAAAUUUAACUUCAGUUUUUCAAGAUGCUUCUCAUGGAGUAGAGGAGUACGGUACAGCUUACAUAUGUCGUGCGGUAGCAAGAACAAUGUUUGCCUUUAAAAUAAAACCACAUAGACCCCAUGGGGUUCCAAGCUCUGUGAAAAUUAGGUGUAUGUUUCUCUUCAGGUAGGUCCAUGAACAAGCACCACUAGAACACUAAUAUACAACCCUACUAUCUUAAUUUCAAAAUCUAAUGUUCCUACAACACUCUCUCUCUCUCUCUCUAUAUAUAUAUUAUAUAGGCAUUUUAUAGCUUAACCACUACACUACCUAAUUUUGGGUUAUUGUAUACCUGGUAUGUAGCUUCAUUUAAUAAUUAUAACAACGACAACAAUAGAUCCACGUGGCUUUCUGGAUGUCAUUUUGAAAGAAAAAACAAACCAACAAUGGGAGAUCAGGCCAACAUGGAUGUAAAAAGGGACACAUGCAUAUGUGCUGGUGGUCAACAUGGAUGUGUAGAAUCUGACAUAAUGACCUCUAACAAAACUAAAUGUAGUAUAGUUAAGGGAAAUGUAGAAAUUUCCUUCUCAUUUAGCUUUGUAUCUUUGAGUGCUAUUUUUUUUUUUUUUUGUGGUGUGUGUGUGUGUGUUUUGUUUUUGGUAGUUUAUGGUUGCUCACUUGAUCCUUUUUCCUUUUUCUUUGUUUUGUGUGUGUGGACAGAUCAUGUGAUGUAUAAUGUGUUGUCUACAUUCAAAAUAUAGUGAUAUUUUUAUUGGUCAUGUUUUGUUAGUCAUUGUCCCACACUGAUCAAUUUGUUUUUUUGCCUAGAGUUAUACACUGAACAUCACAACAUUGCAAGGUUUUGAAACUUUUAUGUCAAGUCUUAAAAACAAAACAUUUUGCCCAAGCAAACAAGGAAUUGGAGUGGAUCUUGUAUUAAGCUGUGUGGAUAACUAUGAAGCAAGGAUGGUUGUAAAUCAGGCUUGCAUCGAAUUGAAUCAGACAUGGAUGGAGUCUGAUAUUUCCCAUAUAGGAGUGUGCUUCUUGUGGAAUGUAUGCCUGUGGAGAAUGUGGCUAAUUUUUGUUUUUGUUAUUGUUAUCUACGAAGAAUGAUGAGAAAAACAUUUAAUUUUGGUUUAUGUUAUUUUGAAUUAUGAACAAAAUCAUGUAU